AUGAUCCUGGAUUGGAAUAGUAAUGCCUUGACUAAUUUGGAUGAAGUAAAUUGGAAAGAAAUAUCGAAAUAUCAAAUUUGUAAUGGUAGAUUGAGUUUAAUGACACACCAGAUUCAAAAGUUCAGUGAUUUAUAUAAUAUCUUGGUGGAAAG